CUCAGUCCCGUUCGCCGGUCACGCAUCACGGUCCGCGAGACCGAGCGGAGUUACCCGUUGUGUGCAGUGAUCAAUUUCAAGUUGAACUUCGCAACUUGUGUUUUGUUCAGUGUUCGAUUAUUUGGAGUUUGAAUUGCGUCCGGCUUUUGUUUUGCGAAAAGUGGUCGCCAGUAGAUCUGCUGAGGUGAUGCGCCCCAAGCGGUAGCGUCAGCAUGCGGGCGCGCGCGCUGCCGUCAGCAGCCGCCGUGCCGCUCACGGCGAUGCUGCUGCUGACCCUACGUCACCCCGCCGACGCUCAAGCCGGACCAGAAGCCACGUCUCCUCGGCCCAGGCCGGCCACAGUGGCCGCCAUAGCGCUGUCGAUCAAGUCGAGGGGAACUGCAGCUGAUGAAUAUUUUGUUUAUAAAGCGGUCCAGGACAGCCGCUGCUACCUGAUGACCGGCGGCGCGGUCGAGAGCUUCUUCGUCAGCGAGGACACGCCCGUCGGCAGCGUCAUAGGAACUUUAAGUGUAAAUGGCGAUCCAUCAGAAGCCCAGGGCGACAUAACCCUACGCCUGCAAGAGCGCGGCGCUGCGGUGGGCAUCGCUGCCGGCACCAAGAACCUGACGCUGCUGCGGGCGCUGGACCGGGAGGAGCGACAGGGGCCCUCCAAUGUGUACGUCAAUGUGAGAUGCGACAGGCGGCACACGUCUGACCCGAGCUUCAUCAUCCCAGUGUCAGUCCGCGUGUGGGACGUGAACGACAACGCGCCAGUCUGGUCCGGAGCGCCGUACCGCGUGCGGCUGUCCGAGCUCACGGCUGUGGGGUCCCGGGUGCUGCCGGCGCUGCGGGCGACUGACGCGGACCAGCCUGGACCACACGCCACGAUACACUACUCUGUAUUACCUGGAGAUAACAGCGAAUACUUCGGCUUCGCGAACGAGUUGGACAGCGUCCUGGUGGUGAAGAAACCCCUGGACUUUGAGACUCUCAGCAACUUCACCGUGACACUGCGCGCGCAGGAUCAGGGCUCCCCGCCGUUGCACAACGACACGACGUUGUUCGUGGAGGUCCUAGAUGCGGAUGAUCAGAACCCUAAAUUCACGCAUGAUCAUUACACUGCGAUAUUGCCGGAGAACGCGCAAGUGGGCACGUUCCUAGAAACCUUCCCGGGCCCCAUCUCCGCCGUGGAUCAGGACGUGGGCAUCAACGCACCGCUGUUCUACUCCUCGUCGGGAGACAACCGCGAUUUGUUGUCAGUGGACCGAGACUCCGGCCGCGUCGCUGUUACAAAGAAACUGCUGGAGACGCAGCAUCUUCCAGUUACGAUCGUUAUCAAGGCCACGCAGGUGGACAACGCGGACCGCUACGCCCUGGCUACGCUGUCGGUGUCGGCGGCGCGGCGCGGCGGCAGCGCGGGCGUGCGCUUCUCGCGGCGCGCGUACAGCGCGGCCGUGCCCGAGGACGCGCCGCCCGGCGCCGCGCUGCUCGAGCUCGUCACCGAGCCCGAGGCGCCCAGGGAUGGUAGACAGAACCCCUUGCAGUUCUACGUGUCGGACCGAAGUUUCCUGGACAAAUUCGCUAUCAACAGUGCCGGGGAGGUGCUGCUGAGGAGGGCACUGGACUACGAGACCGCAAACUCCUACUACUACCAAGUCAUGGUCACGGAUGGAGUGGCUAACGAUACAGCAUCGAUCAACAUAACAGUGAGCAACGUGAACGAGUGGGAGCCGCGGUUCCGCUACCCGCAGUACGAGUUCAGGGUGGAGGGGGACGCGGGCAGCGCGCGCGCGGGGCUGCUGCCCGUCGGCAAGCUGGACGUGUUCGACGGAGACACGCCCGACACUGUGGCUCUGACGCUGAGGGGCGCUGAUGCUACGAUGUUCUACAUGAACGACGCGGGCGAGAUGUUCCUGAAGGCGGAGGCGCUGUCCGCACUCAACUCCUCCACGCUGCACGUGGUGGCCACCGCUGUGGACUCCGGCACGCCUCCCAGACAGACGUCAGUUCCUGUGAUAGUCCAUGUGAGCGAGCGACUGAUGUCCCGAGAACUAAAAGGCGCGGGCGUUUUGGUGGUGUUUGCAGCUGCCUUGGCGCUUCUGGCCAUUCUUGUGUGCGCGCUGCUAGCUUAUAUCUACCGAGUCCGGCGCGCGAAGCAGGCGGCGAGCAGCGGCCACAGCCACAGCAAGGCCGGGUUCGUGUCGCACGAGAAGCCGCGCUCGCCGCUGCCCGCGCCCGCCCCCGCGCCCUCCGGCUCGCUGCUGAGCGUGAGCGCGGGCGCCAGCACCAUCCUGGCCAACUCCACCAGCAGCCUCAACCUGCCCGCCGACACCCUGCCCACCACUGGGACCACUAGGAGUGCACUGGGGCGACAAUCGCAGCGUUUCCCCAGCAAGAGCAAGGUGGCCCCGCAGCCGCCAAGCACGGCGCCCGCCGCCGCCGGCCCCGGCGGCGGGCUGUCGCUGAUGAGUGACCACAUACACGGGGCCGCCGGGAGGUCGGGGGUGGCCUGGCCGAGCUCCACUAUUCCUGCCAGGGUCAAGAAACUCAGUUGGGAUGAGCGCGACACUACAGACCACGACGAUUUCGACCACGACAAGCCCGCGCGCGCACGACGCCACCAACCCCGCGCUGCAGGAACACAUGAACCUCACCGUCUAUUUCUAAACGAAACCACUUCCUCAUCGCGCGACACCAGGUCCUCAUCGCGCGACACCAGAUCCUCAUCGCGCGAUACCAGGUCCUCAUCACGCGCCGUGAGAAAUAAAGAGCGUUCUUUCUCGCCUGUCGUCGCUUACACGCGGCCAAAACCGUUACAAACUGGGAAGUCAAUUAUUUUCUACCCAAGAGGAAAUAAACUGCCGCCUACGAGCCGAUCCCUGCCAGAAAAGAAGGAAAAACAAGUGGUCGAAACUGACAGAUCUUUGCCGGAAUUGAAGCAAUCUUUGGCGUUGUUUAACCAGAAUUUGAGACACAAAUACGCUGUGCCUAUAGUAAUGGCUCAAAAUGAACCUCAAAUCCACUUUUGGAGGUCGCCUCCUUCAUAUGCUACAGUGACGCCCCAAAAGUUGAGAACGAUUCACGUCAGACCAUCAGUUUAUAUGAGACCCGAUUAUAGACCGUUAUGACUACAGCUUUUAUUAGGUUAGACGAUUACAUUCCUAUUAGAAUAUAAAAACUGUUUUGUACUUUUGUAUUUCUGUGGUCUUCCUGUGUCAAUGUACUUUUUGGGCAAAUCAAAAAGUAUUUUAAAUUCUAUACCUACCAAUUAUAUGACGCAUUGGGAAAUAAACCGAUGUAGGUACCUAUUCUAAAUCUUUUUUCAUGUAAACAUUAAACUGUACUUGAUUCGAAAAUAAGGAUGUGACUAUUUAACUAAAUUUAUGUCCAAACGUGAUUGUUGGAGUAAUUUGAACUCUAGACGUAAAAGGUGCAGUUAAGUUUAUUUCAUUUUUAGAUACUUUUUUGGAAAUAAUAAAUAGAUCUAAUAAAUGUUUUUCAAGCUUGAAAAUGAUUUGACGGUUGUGUAUGUAGAAUGUAGCUAAUGUCUUGCCGUCCGUAAUUUAUUGAUAAGGUCAAUUGUAAAUAGUUUUGAGAUUAUUACAGGUUACACGCCAAUGACCAGUAGAAUUAGGUCGAUAUCUUGUAAAUAGAUGUAUUGUUAUUAUUAAGAAAACUUUUAAAAUAUUUAUACUGGUAAUAUUUAUAAUUCCAAUGGGUACCAAUGUGAGCAAAGUGAUAAAUGCUGCCCCUAUACUUUUACAAUAGCAAAUACUCAAUUUAAACUUUAAUUGGAACACAAAUAUUGAAUCGUAAAUUGAUUGAUACUCAUGUUUACAAAACAGUGCAGCGAUUAUAAUUUGUAUUUUUUAUUAUAUUUUAUUGAACAAAAUUAUUUAAAAAGUAGCUAAUAAUGUAUAAUGAUUUCAAAUUGUUAUUAUAAUUUCUGUUAAAUAA